CUGACCUUAAAGCAGAGAUUAAAUUAAGCCGAUUGGUAGCAAACCUCGCAAUGUCGUUUCCGAAAGAGCACCCUCGAAAUUUAAUUCCCGAAUUAUGCCGCCAAUUUUACCAUCUGGGGUGGGUCACCGGCACAGGGGGAGGUAUCAGCAUCAAACUCGGGGAUGAAAUCUACAUCGCACCCUCAGGAGUCCAAAAGGAACGCCUACAACCUGAAGAUCUCUUCGUCCAAGAUAUAAAAGGCGAAGAUUUGCAGUUACCACCCCCCGAGAAAAAACUGAAGAAAAGUCAAUGUACCCCCUUGUUUAUGUGUGCCUACACGGCGAGAAAUGCGGGGGCUGUUAUUCACACGCAUUCGAAAGCCGCUGUUUUGGCUACUUUGUUGUUCCCCGGGAAGGAAUUCAAAUGUUCUCAUUUGGAAAUGAUCAAAGGAAUCAAGAACCAAAAAACUGGGAAGAAUUUGAGGUAUGAUGAUACACUUGUGGUUCCGAUUAUUGAAAAUACGCCGUUUGAGGAGGAUUUGAAGGAUAGGCUUGCGCAAACUAUUGCUGAGUAUCCUGAAACUUGCGCAGUCCUCGUACGUCGGCAUGGGGUGUAUGUGUGGGGCGACACUUGGCAACAAGCGAAAACAAUGACAGAAUGCUACGACUAUUUGUUUGACAUUGUAGUUCAAAUGAAAUCACAUGGAUUGGAUUCUCUGGUCAACGCAAAAUAAAAACAAAAUAUUAUAAAAACAACAGCAAUUAUAUUCCGAUUUAUUUUUAAAUAUACUCUAUACAAAUA